UGUCUGACUCUGGGUUUUCUACAUUUAUUAAGAAACACUACUAGUGUAAUUUUUUUGGCUAUUAUGGACAGAAGAGUGGAGCAUUUUGUUUUUUUUUCUAUUUCAACUUGGAAGUCAAGUUGCUUUUACAUAAAUUAAGAUUGAAAAAGUAAGAAAUAUGCCUAGGCUAAAUUCCUAAGCCACAUGCGCACGCUCUCACAUAUAAAUACAAUGCAAUCCAAUGAAAAGUUGUAUCACCAAAUGGCAAGAAAUCUACUGGUUAUCUUGGCCAUCUUCUAUAUACAGUUAGGCCUAUCAUGUGCAAGCGAAUGUAGCAUCUUGGAUCAGAAAGCAAUCAAAUAUGGCUGCGAAAUCACCCUCAAGAACUACUGUGAGAGCUGGAGGAUGAACGUCGAGCUCCACAACAUCCGGGAUUUCGACGUUGUGCCCGAGGAGUGCGUGGAGUACGUGGGAAAAUACAUGACAUCGACGCAGUACAAGGUGGACUCCGAGAGGACGAUAGAUGAGUGCAGGGUCUACGUGAGCAACAGCUGCGCCUUCAAGAAAGAUGGUGCCGAUGCGUGGAUCUUUGAUGUUGACGACACCCUCCUAUCGACUGUCCCUUACUACAUGAAUUAUGGCUUCGGGGGUGUGAAGCUGAACUUGACGUCGAUGGAGGAGUGGAUGAAGAAGGGCAAGGCUACGGCGCUGGAGCACUCGUUGAUGUUCUACAAUGAGUUGAAAGGGCUAGGAGUGAAGAUCAUUUUGGUUUCAUCAAGAAGGGAGUCUCUCAGAUCUGCUACAGUUGAUAAUCUUAUUAAUGCUGGCUUUUAUGGAUGGAAAACUCUGAUACUAAGAGGAGCGGAAGAUGAGAAGAAGGAAAUCGGAAAAUUCAAGGCUGAUGUGAGGGAGCAGUUGAUGAGCCGUGGCUAUCGUAUAUGGGGCAUAUUAGGGAACCAAUGGAGCAGCAUUCAAGGGCCUCCCACUGCUCAAAGGACCUUCAAGCUGCCUAAUCCUCUCUACUACGUUGCCUAACGUCCUUGAUUUAAUG